CAAGUUAAUUUAGCCAAACUAGUUCGUUGGCUUAAGACUCGACUGCUUAGCUUACCAUCAUCAUCGCUAGCCUCGCGUACCUAUGUUUGUCUAGCGUCUAACGCCAAUAGAUGCAAUGUUACUUGAUGAUGAAUUCCAUGCAUAAGCUGAUGAAUCUGAUGCAAACUACCAACUUGUUGUAUUGUUGUAACCUAAGGUUUUUUGGUUUUCAAGUCUUUUGCUAGGCUGUAUAGCUUAGGCCACUUGUUUGUGGGACUUUAAGCUACCAUAGACUUCGCACUUCAUUUCGGCUCUCCAAAGCAUUCGGUCGCAAAUUAAUAGUUUCGUUUUGAUCGCAUUGGAAGUUUAUAACUUUUUCCGCCAUCCCAAAUGAAAGACUCGUAUACAAGUGAUUUUCGAAAACAAUUUGUGUAAAACGACGAAGGCGCAAGAAAAACAACAAAAAAAAACAAACAAGCCGUUCAAGCCGUUACGCAAUUAUUAUUUCCUGAAAAACAAUUUCCAGUGAAAUUUGCGUUUGUGAUUCACAAGAUAAAAGAUACACGACGAAAUCUCAAUCAUAGUUAUUUUAAAAAAUUCCUUGUUACUCGUAUAAAGUGAAAGUUUUGUGAAUUGUCUGUGUUUUUGUUUUUGUUUAUUUUGUAACAUGAAAUACACUAGUUGCAGCAUCCUUGGGAUGGUUUUGUUGUUGUUGUUUAGCUUUUUAACGCUUGCUUCUGCAGCUGGCAGAGAAAUCAUCAAUAAUGCACCACAAUUUCAAGAAAAACCUGAUUGGUUAAGAACUUGUCCGAGACUGAAUCCCAAUGAAAACAAAUGCUUCCGUGAUCUCUUCCAAGGAUGUUUUCCAGCCCUUGCAGCAGGUGUACCUGAAAUUGGAGUUCAAAGUUUUGAACCAUUGCACAUCGAUGCAGUUUCCGUAUCAAAAGGCAGUGGAAAUCUUAUUCUAGCUGGUGGAUUUCAAAAUCUAGUCGUUAGAGGUCCAUCGAAUGCAACUGUUCGUAAAGCAAGUUUAGAUCUUGAAAAAAAGAUGUUCAAUUUUGAAUUGGAAAUUCCAAUUCUAAGAAUUAGAGCUAAAUAUAAUCUGAAGGGAAAUAUUUUACUUUUACCAGUAGUUGGUAAUGGCGAUGUUAAUAUGUCCUUGAAAAAUGUAAAAACAGCGGUCUAUACGAAAAUAAGCUUACGUAAUGCUCCUGAGGAAAUCAUUCAUAUUGAAGAGAUGAAGGUAACUUUCUUGGUCGGAAGCAUGCGUAUUCAUCUAACCAAUCUUUUCAAUGGCAACGAAAUACUUGGAACAUCUAUUAAUCAGUUUUUGAAUCAAAAUGGAAACGAGAUCAUUUCGGAAUUGAGACCAGAUCUGGAAAAAGGUUUAGCUGAUAUUUUCAUUGGCCUUUGGAAUAAUGUCUUCUCGAAACUUCCAACCAAAUUGUGGUUACUGUGAUGCCUCAAAUGAAUAUCCACCUAUACUUCUUCAUACAUAUGCAAUGUGAUUUUUAGAACAUUUUUUUAACCUAAUUUAACCAUUUAUUAUACACACACAUACAUAUGCAUAUAUUUAUUGUAAAUAUUUCUAUCUGCACUUAGGAUAAGCGACGAAAUUCAAAAUUAAAUCUAAGG